ACCAUACAACUCCAUCAAAGCAAGCAUUGUUCAUUGGUAUGGAAUAGAGUUCUGCAAGCUUGGAAGCAGGUACUCCCCAAACUGAAGUUUGUGCCACCAACUUGUUCAAGGACAAACGCCGUAUUCUGAUGAGGCGCAAGUUUAGGGCGUGGCACCCACCCGGUUUUCUUCUACUCCACCAUGGUAUAUCUAGUGUUGGCACCCUGUUUGCUUCGAGAUAAGGUAAUGUGGCUAUCCCCAGGCAGUCCAGCAAUUCCCAAGCUAAGGCUCCUGCGGCAAGGUUUGUACAGGUGCAAGGGUUUAGAGCAUAGUAGCCUGCCUCAAAUCGACGACCGUGGGUAACUGGUUUGAGUCUGUGGAAUCUUCGAUCAUCAGCCGUCACACCUAAGUUCCGCUUCGCUGUGUAGUACAGGUUAGUGUGGUGUAGGAUUAUCCUGUGCGUUUCAUCUUAGACAGCAACGCGUUGUUGCUGCUGUGGGCCGUGUCAACUGAAAUUCGUGGGCUAAUAGUAUCGGAGGCCGUAGUUGCCCAGGAUUCUCACCUUGAUAUGGUGUGUGAUUAUGACUCAUGCUCUUCGGAGCUCUGAGCAUUCAAUCUAGGUCGUCACGCAUUUCGAUUGCAGCGCCUGCUUCCCGAAGUUGAUAUCUGAAGAAUGCUCUGUGUGGGAUUCGGCAAGUUAAAAGUUGAAUGUUAUGCUUUGGUUGCAUUUUGUUCUCAUGAAGCGAAUCUCAACUCUGUUCAAACCGAAUUGCAGUGUCCAAGUGUGAGAGUUCAGAUUGCAAGAAAAAAAUAUGAUCUGGCGUCGGAUGGCCUUGUAAAUAGGCAGCAAUCGGUAUGCUCUCAGUGAUCUAUUCUGUGCCUACAAUCUGAGCUUUAGAGCAUUAGAGCUCUCUUACUAAACACAAGAUGCCCUCAGAAGCGCCCGAGUCGUAUAUUCCAUCUGCUUACAUAAACAGUGGCUACGGUGCAACGCCCGAGUGGUUAAACAAGGGAGACAAUGCAUGGCAGCUCACCGCCGCUACUUUGGUGGGAAUUCAGAGUAUGCCGGGCUUAGUCAUUCUCUAUGGUAGCAUCGUGAAGAAGAAAUGGGCGGUGAACUCUGCAUUCAUGGCGUUGUAUGCGCUCGCGGCAACGUGGUUGUGCUGGGUGAUGUGGGGCUACAAGAUGUCUUCCGGAGAGCAGCUGGUGCCCAUCUGGGGAAAGGCGGGCUCAUCGUUGGGGUUCAGGUUCUUGCCGUCGCGGGCGACGAUGCCAUCCACAGUGAUUUAUCGCAAGGAUGGCAAAGUGAAGACACCAGCCAUGGAUUCGCAUUUCGGAAUGGCCGACAUGGUACUGUUUCAGUUCUUCUUCGCAGCGCUCACCAUCAUCAUGUUAGCCGGGUCUGUCUUGGGGCGUAUGAGUUUCCGGGCGUGGAUGCUGUUCGUGCCACUGUGGCUCAUCUUCUCAUACACCGUGGGGGCUUUCAGCAUGUGGGGCGGGGGAUUUUUGUGGCAAUGGGGAGUUAUAGACUACGCAGGCGGCUACGUUAUCCAUGUUUCCUCUGGCGUCGCUGGCUUCGUCGCCGCGUACUGGGUAGGGCCGAGAUUAUCCAAGGAUCGCGAAAGAUUUCCACCCAACAACAUGCUGCUGGUUCUCACUGGAGCAGGUUUGCUGUGGUUGGGAUGGUCAGGCUUCAAUGGAGGUGCUGCGUUCGGCGCGCACGUGAUCGCUGGUCUUGCUGUUCUCAACACUCACGUCGCUGCGGCCACCAGUUUGUUGACAUGGACUACCUUGGACGUGUUCUUCUUCGGCAAGCCUUCUGUCAUUGGUGCUGUGCAGGGAAUGAUGACCGAUCUUGUGGUUAUUACACCUGCUGCAGGUUUAGUGCCGGGCUGGACAGCGUUGAUUAUGGGCAUGCUAGCAGGAAGCAUUCCUUGGUGGACAAUGAUGGUGCUCCACAGAAGAUGGUGGGUGCUACAGAGAGUAGACGACACACUUGGAGUUAUUCACACCCACGGCGUGGGUGGGAUUUUGGGUGGCAUCUGUGUGGAUCUGUUCGCAGACCCUACUCUAUGCCGGUACAUGGAAGUGGCGGUCGAGGACACAAAUGGAGUGUUCUACGGAGGCAAUGGCGGAAUUCAGCUUGCGAAGCAGUUAGCUGGCGCUGCUUUUAUUGCUGGCUGAAACCUGGUUCUGACAACGCUUAUUCUCUUCGCUGUUGAGCUCAUCACCCCUCUCCGGAUGUCAGAGGAGCACUUGCUGGUUGGAGACGAUGCGGAGCACGGCGAGGAAGCGUACGCUCUUUGGGGAGAUGGCGAGAAGUUCGAUGUCGAUAGACACUCGACAAGUAUUGCUCUGGAGUUUGAGCAGCGAAUUGCUGGUGAUUACGCUGAUCGUCAAAUGACGCUGCACAUCUGAGCUGAGUCAAGGAAUCACUCUCUCCUUGGACUGUGCCUGGAUGGUUCAUGUUAAGGAUAUCUCCUCACCAUGGCAUGACAGGAGAUUGACAGUUCUAUUCUGCGAUGGUGAGUUUAUUUCGCCUGCUUGCAUUGAAGUUCAAGUUUAUGUCGUGAUUCUCAUCACGAAGGAUCUCAAGAUAGUCAAGGGUACAAUGAACAAAAUCUAAACUAUAUUUUGUCGUGUUUCGUUGGGAGUCCAACAAGGACGCAUGCUCUCUGCUUUGCAUUGUCGGAGGAUUCUGAUUUUGAUACUUCGAAGCGACAUUUCACCAAUGCGGACAGCUCACAUCAUGAAUUUUACUUGGAAGAUAUUUCAUCGAAGUCAAGGGCCCUUCUUGGCAUAGUGGCGCACAAGUGAAAGUGUAGGAGAUUUAAUUGAGUCGAAGAGGUUACAGGGGGGCUUCCCUUCAACUGCGGGAUAAAAUCAGUCAUCAUAAUGCCAGUCUUCUCAUAUCUGUACUAGAGUUAAUUUAGUGGUCAGCAACUUGUUCACCACAUUGUCGAUGAGGCUGGGCACAUUGAAUACCCUGAUGCUCUAUGUUGAAGAUGCAGUCAGACUUGUGUCCCAGUACUCAUUUCGGAACUAAGCUCGGAGGCUUGGCUUGAAAUGUGGGACUCUAUUGUAAUAGGGUGUGACUCAUUAAAAAUAGUACGAGUGCGGACUUUCACAAUCGGCAGAGUUCAACGCAUGCAAAGUAAACAUCCUACAAAUCCCUCUAGACAAAUGUUUAGUGCAGGCAAAAACUAAAAUGCGAAGCAGUCGGAUAAAAACCUUUUUUUUGACAA